AUGAUCAACUACUUCUUCCUGCUGUCUCGCCAAGGAAAGCUGAGGUUGUCCAAAUGGUAUAUCACUCUCCCAGGCAAAGACAAGGCAAAGAUAGUCCGAGAGGUGUCGCAACUGGUCUUAGGCCGUCCUCCCAGGGUCUGUAACUUUCUCGAGCACAAAGGGAGGAAGAUUGUGUAUAAACGCUACGCCUCAUUGUUCUUUGUAUGCGAGAUCGCAGAGGGAGACAAUGAACUCCUUACCCUAGAGAUCAUUCACCGUUACGUGGAGAUCCUGGAUAGGUAUUUCGGAAAUGUGUGCGAGUUGGACAUUAUCUUCAACUUCCAACAGGCUUACAGCAUCCUGGAUGAAUUGGUUGCAGCAGGGGAGUUGCAGGAAUCGUCGAGAGAUAAGGCUUUCAAGGCGGCAAAAGCAGCACAGGUUUGGGAAGAGGCUGACGACAUGACGGAGAAGUUACAAGAUAUCCUCAUGUAG